AUAUAUAUGUUAUAUUAUAAUGAACAGGUGCCAUAAUAUUAUUUGGUAUAGUUGAAGGUUCUAUUAGGAAGAAGGCAUCUAUAAAAGAUACUAGGAGUACAUCGUUUAUGAGGCCGCCCGCGCCUUCUUUUGCUGAUCACCAAAGACAAAAGCAACCUUCAUUUAUGGAACUCAGACGUUCGGAUGCCAAAGCAGAUUCUUGGGAAAGAGCUCACAUUGCAAAGAUUCGAAAACGGUACGAGAAGAUGACGUUGGAGAUUCUUGCAUGGGAAAAUGAAAAGAAGUUGAGAGAGAAACAUCAAAUGGAAAGGAAAAAGGGUGAAUUGGAGCUAAGGAAAUCAAGAAACUGGAAACACUACCAGAGUAAGGUGGCGAGGAUUGAUGAAAUAGGUGGCGGAGCAAGAGCGCAGGUUGAGGCGAAACGUAAAAAGGAAGAGUCAAUCGUGAAAAACAAGGCGAACCAAAUGAGAUCAACGGGGAAAGUAGCUCCGGUCAUCAACUGCUUCUGCUUCUAAAAUAUGUGCAAAUCUUUUAUUGCCUUCAUAUUGUUUAUUUGAUCAAAAUCCCACAAACAUAUAUGAUUGAAAAAACAUUGAUAAAUUGUACAUGAAAUUGGCAAUUCCUCACCGAACUCUCAUUAAAGCUUCAAAGUUCAUGCCAUCUCCAAAUUACAAGAUCUGUGCUUUUAUAGAUUACGAACAACACACGUUAUGAUUAAAUUAAUUAAAGUUAGAUGGUAUAGGAUUAGUCUAGGCUGAGAUACCCCGUGUUCUAAACUUAUAUGAGAUAUGCUUUAAUCAUAAUUAAUUUUCUAAGAUUAGAUCUGGACCCUAAGAAAAUAAC